AUGAUUAGAGCCCCAAGAUAUACCACAGCUACAAUUAAACCCUUUGCAACUGCCGCAACUCGUGUAGCUCUGCUCCCACAAACAUCUAUUGCCACCCGUCAACAACAAAAAUACCAUCAACAACAACACCCUCAAAUCUCCUCUGCAAGUUACCUUACUCUUGCUACCUCUCGCUCUUCUACCCCCACCCUCACCCGCUCUUCCCUCUUCUCUCUUACUAAACGUGCCUACUCCGCUGUCACUAUUGAUGAGCCUGCCCCUGUUAUUGACUUUGCUGCCGUUAAAGCUCUUGCCACCACAGAUCCUUUCCCCUCUGAUAAGUACGUCAUUGUCGAUGUUCGUGAACCUUCAGAAUUUGCCGCUGGUCAUAUCCCUCAUGCUCUUAACCUUCCUUAUAAGUCUGCCCCUGGAGCUCUUGGACUUGAACCUGAAGAGUUCCAGGAUACUUUUGGCUUUGCAAAGCCCGAAACUGGUAAAGAACUUGUUUUCUAUUGCCUGGGAGGUGUCCGGUCUACUGCUGCUGAAGCUUUGGCCGCUACUUUUGGAUACAAGAACCGCGCAAACUAUGUGGGAUCCUAUGACGAUUGGAUCAAGAACCAAGGCCCACUUGAGACCCCACAGCCUCCAGCUGCUGAUGCUUCUGCUGCUCCCGAGCCUAAAGCCUAA